UUAACGCACCUCCUUUUUUACUGUCUCGGUAAAGGGGUAUGUGUUGACAAGGGAAAUCUGCAUCUGUGCAGCUCACCUUCAUUGAUUUAGGCAAGGGGCCCUUAAAGAGCCUCGAACCCCGUAGAAAGGAUCGCUUUUCAGUGCUGAAGGUCGAAAUACGGAGCGGACCAGCAUACGCCAAGGCUUUGAUUUGGAGGUCCGUCUGAUUCCUCCCAAUAAGCCAGCCUGGGGUGAUGGUGCUGAUGCACCGCCAGCAGGGCGCCGCAGGGACAGGCUCCUUCCUUUUCUUCACUUAUUCUAAUUCAUCUAAUUCAUAACCGGGUUUCCAGUCAGAUGCAUAAACCAAGCAACCGGAUCACCGAGCAGCUUGUACCCCACUUAAAAAUGCUCUGACCCGAGAUUGGAGGCAAGGAGCGGCUCUGAUUCUGCGCUUUUUGCGGGGUUCGCACCGCCUCGCUGCUGCUGUUUCUAUAGAAGACUGGGAGGAAGAUGUUGGCGCGAUGCUACCGGGCCAAGCUGUCGGCGUGGGCCGCUCUGUGCGUGCUGGUGCUCGGAUGGUUCUACGUUUACCCCGUUUACAGACUCCCGAGCGACAAAGAGAUUGUGGAGGAGGUGCUGGGGCUGGGGGAAGUGUGGCAGAAGAAUCAGACUGGCAUCGAUCUGUACAGAACCCUGCUCACAGAAUGCUGCAAUCCAAAGUGGAUGUUUUCGUUGACGAAGGAGAACUCUCCUAUUGGCAAAGUCCUGUGGUACGACGGAGAGUUUUACCACUCGCACACCGUCAACAACGAGACAUAUUCUAUUUUUGUGCAGAGCAACCCCCUGAACUUUCCUCUUAAAAAGUGUGCUGUGGUUGGCAAUGGUGGUAUCCUCAGGAACAGCAGGUGUGGGCAGGAGAUUGACCAGGCUGACUUUAUCAUGCGAUGUAACCUUCCACCACUCACGAAGAAAUAUAUGGAAGACGUGGGAACGAAAACUCACCUGGUCACUGCCAACCCAAGCAUCAUUGAGAAAAGAUUCCAGAACCUUCUGUGGUCCAGAAAAUCCUUUGUGGAUAUUAUGAAGGCAUAUGGCUCCAGCUUCAUCUAUAUGCCAGCAUUUUCCAUGAAACCAGGUACCGACCCGUCGCUACGGGCCUACUACGCCCUCGCAGACUCCUCCUCCAACCUCACAAUGCUCUUUGCAAACCCAGAUUUUCUGCACAGCGUGAGUAAAUUCUGGAAAUCCCGCGGUGUUCAUGGCAAACGCCUCUCUACGGGGCUCUUCCUGGUCACCUUGGCUCUCGGACUGUGUGACGAGGUGACAGCUUAUGGGUUUUGGCCAUUCUCCGUUGACCUUCAAGAGAAACCCAUCAGCCACCAUUAUUAUGACAACAUUCUUCCAGAUAAAUGGUUCCAUGCCAUGCCAGAGGAGUUUGUCAAGCUUUGGCAGCUACACAAAAGUGGCGCUUUACGCAUGAGGGUAGGACACUGUCCUCCUCAACAUUAAGGGAUUUAGAGGACUUGAAGGACUCGCUUAUUACAGCAAGGUAAUGGUCAUCAGAAAGUCUUGAUAGCAAAAAAAUCGGCCACUUGUCAGAAUAAAGGUAUUAUUUUUGCAUAUUUACUUUGGAGUUGCCUGCAUUGCACCUAUGCUGAGAAGACUUUCCCUGCUUUUCUCGAGUUUAAUACUCAAAUAUCAUAAGAAUGUCUAUUCCCUGACCAACACACAAGCAAGAAUUUGCAUACAUUCCCAAAACUUGUCAGACAUCUGCCCUUGUUUAUGGAGCAGUGUGUGUGAAUGUUUGUGUGUUUCAGUGGGAAACCUCAGCUGUGUAAAGGGGAUGAGGGAUGGACUUUCCCUUUGACCAACACAUAUGGUAGCUGGAUCAGAUCCCCAUCCCAGUUUCUAAUGUAAGAAGAAU